AUGCUGGGAUGUUGGGUUGUAAUGCUUUCUGAUCUGCAUACGGAUGACCAGGUCCAUCCAGAGAAGCUGCAGAUGGUGGUCGGUAUGGGGGUUGAGAGGAUCCAGUUAACGAUGAAAGAGGUAAAAUACGAAAUAUCCACAAAACCUCGACUGGUACCGAAACAGCUGCAAGUCAGUUACCAAACUCGGCGAAGAAAACAAUCAACAAACGCACUGGAGCUACCAGUAUUCCGACACAUCGUCGUCUGCAGCCUGGCAUUUCCUCCAAUGAAAAGUCCACAGACGACCCUGUAUAUCACCUACCGCCUCCAGUGCGCAGAUCCCUAUCCCAUUUCCCCAAAUCAUCGAUCUGACUUCGAAGAAAAUUUGUCUUCUGGCUUUUCGUAUGCAGUCCCAAAAGCUUAUUCAUCGGAGGACUUCGACACUGAUGAAUCGCGGGAAGUGACUCGAAACGGCUUCAUGCAUGUCCUUUUCAGCUUCAAACCAAUGGCGUUUCUUCAUCCACCUAGAAAAGCGGCAGUAUGUAUCACUGGUGUUGACGAUGAUGGAGAUUGGGAUGGGGAUGGGGAUGGGAAUGGCGAUGAUGAUGAUGAUGAUGAUGAUGAUGAUGAUGAUGAUGAUGAUGGUGAUGAUGAUGAUGAGCAGGAUGAUGAUGAUGAUGGUGAUGAUGAUGAGCGGGAUGAUGAUGAUGAUGAUGAUUCCGGUAAACCGCUUGACAAUGCAUACACUCUCGUAGUACAUGGACAAGCCACUUCACUCGAUUCGAUCGGUUGUCGAUUGUUCCCACUUCCUGUUAGCAAUUCCUCUUCACUUCUAUAUCACCUUGCAGACAGUCCACAACCAUUUCACUCCACCAGUGAUAUUGAGCAAGACAUUGUCACCAAAAAUCCACCUGUAACAGCGCAACCAAGAAGGCUGCCACUUGAAAAUUUUGAAGAUCACCGAACAAACGUUUCAACGCAUGCUGGACUCGGACAUCAUCCGCCCUUCGCACAGCUCUUGAUCGCUUCCUAUCCAUUUGGUCCGAAAGGAAACUUCAGUUUCACAGACUUCGAAGUUAAUCACCAUCAGAUGUGGCGCCGUGCCAACUUAUGGUUGGAACAGCGACAACAACAACAACCAAGUUCUGGACUUUGUCGGACGGAAUACGGGUAG